AUGUGCCACGGGCACUCAGAUUGGCGCUUGGUCGGCUGCCUGACCGAUAUCUACCUUUUACCUACCAUCUGCAUCGUCGGAGUGCUGCUCAACUCGUUGUGUUUGGCGGUAUUCCGCACAGCAAGGCACCAUCCACUUGUACCCUCCCUCAUCACCCUGUCACUUUGCGAUCUCUUCCAAUUGACACUAUCACUUUUCGUACUGUUCAUCCCGGCCAUCCAUGACUAUUCAGAGUCAGCCAUGCUGGGCGUUCUUGGACAAGUCGCGUACUUGUCCACCGGGCUCCUAUCCCCACUACUGCUCGCCUCAAACUCGGCCAGCAUCUGGACAAUGUGCUACAUUACGAUACAAAGGCAUCGGGCGAUCCACAACCCUCUCGGUAACACUGGGCACCCGGCGCGUCCAUUCCUGCCCCUAAUUUGCAUCAUCAUCAUGGCACUGGUGUUUAACGGAAGCAAAUGGUUCGAGUAUAGCUGGUUCUUCAUACGCAAAGACGACAUCGUCGACCCGCAGCUCCGCGAGAGCGCAUUGUCCCUAUUUCUUGCUCACAGACCUUCGACACUGGCCAAGUAUAUGGCGUACCGGCAGAUGAUGGACAAGCUGCUCUAUCCUAUCCUGGUCUACAUAAUUCCGCUGCUUCUGUUGACGAUUCUGAAUUUCCGGAUCUUGACGACGAUCGCAAGGAGGCCAGUGCCUUCUGACCAUAAGAGUCGCAUGGCGCAAGAACGGCGAGCGGUGACGCUCAUCAUCUCCAUCGUCCUGUUUUUCUUCAUCUGCCAUACCGGUGGCCUGGUCUUCCGGUGGAUGGACCUGAGGCAAUACGAACUUUCCGGCGACUGGAGCAUCUUCGUAAAGGACUUGAUCAACAUCCUCUUCAACUUCAACUCGGCUUGCAAUCCACUGCUCUACUUCCUGUUCACACGGCAAUUCCGAGAUCUUCGGAUGUCCUCCCUCCGCCGUCCCUUCUACGCGGUGUCGUCGUGUCCUUCUGAGGGGAUAUCACCCUGCACUGAAAGGGGAAGUAUCAGCGCAGCUGGACAGCUGGCCCCAGCCACCCCAAGAAGCCGCACGAGAUCUCUCGCGGAUAGCAUCAAGGGGGACGAUUCGAAGGAACACGUGCGGAUGAAUCUGAUGCCGCGAGUCAGUCGA